AUGGCGCUCAGAGCUCUUGUUCCGAACGGGUUCCUACUGCUGAGAGAUAACGAGACAUGUAAUGGCGAACCGCUUGCUUUCGCACUUGUUCGAUCAUUCAAAUCAUUUGUCGUUGUUACUAUUCCUGGUAAAGAGAAGGUCCUUCGAAGGCGAUAUGGUGCAAGAUGUGAAGGUGCAACGUUCAUUUGUCUCGAUUACCAAGCAACAAUGGAAAUUAUCCAUGCCAAAAUCGUCACAGGCUCGCCUUCAUGCUGUAUACUAGACUGCAUGGACGUGUUUGUUGAUAAGCACGGGGUGGAUUCGAUAGCUGCGUUUAUUUCACGUUUGAAAGCCAAGUUCCCCGUCAUUGCCGUCUGUUCGGAAGCUUCCAUUGAUGAAGAAGAAUACAAUCGGUUGCGUGCCGUAGCAAAUUCUGUAAUCAGGCUUCAAAGACGAGGGAAUCGCUGUGUUUCGGAACUGGUGAUGUAUAAGAAGAACGGGAAACGAACUAAGGCGACGGAAGCGUUCUCCAUAAACGCUGACUUGGAGAUAUUCACUGAAAAGUUCGAACCAUCUGAUGUCAAUUCUGUGGCGGCUUCAGAAAAGCCUAGUAUAGCAACAAUGGACAUGGAACCGGAGUUGAGCGAAAAAGAGCUUGCCGCCAGAUCGCAACUAAAUCUUCCAUUUACAUCUCAGUUCAAGCAAAGCCAUCUCAAUAACCUCCGUUUGGCUGAUCGAAAAGUACGCGUAGGUGGUCAGAUCAUCUACACACCAGAUAAAGAGGAUGACCUCGACGAUAGUGACCCAGACGAAGAUCUCAAUUUGUGA